CGUUGAAGCCCGGCUUGAGCGCGCCGCCUCAAGCUCCGGAAACUCAAAAAAUUCCCAACUCACCAACACCGGACUUUAGCACGCAUCUCCAGAGCACGGCGAUCCCAGCUCGCAUGGUAGUAUUUAAAAGUGCUAAGCGACACGAAUUGAUUCUUCCCCCUCGUGUGUAUCCUUCAGCAUUUUUUGGAUGAUUUCUGGCAUUGAACAGAGCUCCCAGUCUUGGAGUCGACAAAGUCUUCAGCCUCGCUGACGCAUCACGACGCCUCAUACGCAACACCGGAUCCCCGGCGUGCACGAGCUGCUUUUGCUCUCGAUCUGCUCAUUGCAUCUGACGAAACUUUCGGAGAAAAAGAACAAGUAGCACCAUGUCCGCCGCGCUUCCACCGCUGAUCGCACUGGAGGAGCAUUUCGAUGCCGGCAUCCUCCACGGCGGUGAUGAACUCCACACCAACCUACCGCCACACCUCUCAGACCGUCUACAAAACCUCGGCGAAGGCCGGAUCAAGGAUCUCGACGACGGCAAGACAAGCCUCCAAGUCAUCUCCCACAUCGGCGCCCCCAUGCCCGUAGACGGCUGUCGUCAAGUCAACGACAAACUCGCCGCUGCCUGCGCAAAGCAUCCCACGCGGCUCGCGGGCUUCGCGUACCUCCCCAUGUCGCAUCCUCAGGCAGCAGCGGACGAGCUCGAAAGGACUGUUUCCCAGCUGGGAUUCGUGGGCGCGCUAAUCAACAACACCACCGAAACGGGCGAGUUCUACGAUGACAAGAAGUUCUGGCCAGUCUUCGAGCGGGCGGAGAAACUCAAUGUCCCCAUCUACAUCCACCCCGUGUAUCCCGCGCCGGCUCUCGCGCCCCGCUACAAGGGCAACUUCUCCGACAUGGCGAGCAUCAUGAUGGCCGCCUCCGGCUGGGGAUGGCACUCGGAAACAGGCCUGCACAUCCUCCGCCUCUGGGCGAGCGGGCUCUUCGACGCGCACCCCAAGCUCAAACUCAUCGUCGGCCACAUGGGCGAAAUGAUCCCCUACACGCUCGACCGCAUCAUCCACACCACGCGCCACUGGGGCGCCUUCGCCCGCGACCUGCGCACCGUCUGGCGCGAGAGCAUCUGGGUGACGACGUCGGGCAUGUUCACGCUGCCGCCUUUGCAGUGCUUGCUGCAGAUGUCGCCGCCGGAGAGGGUAAUGUAUUCGGUUGACUACCCCUUUUCGUCGCCGCGCGAGAAUGGGUUGAAGUUUGUGGAGGAGGUGAGGCGGUCAGGGUUGAUGAGUGAGGAGGAGUUUGCUGGCUUUUGCCAUGGGAAUGCGGAGAGGUUGUUGGGGGUUAAGGCGGUGCCGCUUUGAUCCGUUUCGCGGUGAGCAAGAUAAACUUGAUUCUUGUUUUAAUUGAGAUAGAUGGACGAAAACUCCCCUCGCAAUGCAAACCGCACACA